AUGCGUUACACAUACACAUUUCCCGCCCUUUUCGCGGCAGCAGUCAUCGCCGCCCCUCUCGAGAACGCGAAGCGCAGCGACGAGAGCCUGAUUGGCACCAAUGGAUAUGGAUAUGAAUACUACGAGGACGGCCAUCUGGUUGACCUCGGUGAUGUCGGUCUCUUGAAGCGCGAUGAUGAGAGCCUGAUCGGUGGCGCUAGUAUUGGCGGUAUCUUGAAGCGUUCAGAGGAAGACCCCAUUGAUGACUAUGGUGAUUACGCCGAAGAUGUUGCUGGUUACGAGGACGACGUGCUCGGUCUCUUGAAGCGCGAUGACGAGAUUCUGGGUGGUCUUCUCGGCGGUGGAAGUAGCAGUGGGGGUGGGAGUCUUCUAUUGAAGCGCGAUGAUGAGAGUCUGAUUGGUAGUGAUGGUGAUCACUACUACUAUGAUGAUGGACACCUGGUUGAUGUCGGUGAUGUCGGUCUGCUGAAACGCAAUGAUGAAGUGCUCAUUGGUAACGAUGGAUAUCACGAUGAUGGAGACCUUGCUGGCCUUGGCGAUGUCGGACUCCUCGAUGAUUCUGAGGAUCUUGAUCGGGCCGGUGAUGCUGGUGUCAAGAACAAGCGUGAGGAGGAGCUUCUUUCAACUGAUCUGAUUGGCUUUGCCAACAUCUUGAAGGCUCGCUCUGAGGACCUCGGUAUUGAUGAGACAAAUGUCAUUACUGGUGCUGGUGUGGCAGAUGACGCUCAGAUCGCGACGCCUAUCCUUGCUGUUGCCAAUCCUCUGUAA